GCAGCAAGGCCAAGGCGGGCGCCGUGCGCUUCGCCCCCAGCCAGCCCGCCGAGGGGACCCCCGGCCACGUCCACUUUGACGAGAAGCUGCGCGACUCGGCCGUGAUGGUGACCCAGGAGAAGGACGGCCACGUCCUCGUCAAGGUUGGCUUCCUGAAGAUCCUGCACAAAUACGAGAUCACCUUCCUGCUGCCCCCGUCGCAGCGCCUGGGGAAGGACGUCUGUGCCCUGCCGCUCCCCAACCCCAACCUCAAAGUCCUCGGCGUCACCGCGGUGCCUGAAGGCUACAGCGUGAGGUGCGAGUACACGGCGCACAAGGAAGGCGUGCUGAAGGAGGAGAUGCUCCUGGCCAGCGAGACCGGCGACGGCGCCUGCCUCAAGGUGGUGGUGCAGGCACGUGUCAUGGACCGGCACCACGGCACGCCGAUGCUGCUGGACGGGGUGCGCUGCGUGGGGGCCGAGCUGGA